GAUGAUGGUUAGUAGUACUGCUGAGCUGCGGGCACACACACGACUCUCAGACUCGCCGCUGACAGCGCUCCCAUAGCCCAAGGGCACCAAGGGGACAACUACUAACACUUUGCCAGCGAUUCCCUGGGCUCCGCCGCUGCGCACCUGCACUGGUUCCCUUCCUUUGGGAAAAUCCUACGUAUGCUUGUGGGUCCCACGCAUAAGCUCUUCCAGGAAUGGUGGAUCACUUGCUUUCUACAGAUGAAUGUUUCACAAUUGCUCCAGCUACCAUUGGACUUUCUGAAAUGCUGAUGGGUAGAAGGAUAUAUCAGAUGUUGCCCUCUCCUACAUCGGAGGAUGAUAGUGAUUCUUCGAGUUUCCGCUCAUGCUCUAGUCCCGACUCACAAGUACUCAGCUCCAGCUAUGGUAGCGCAUGUAGUGCAGAGAGUCAGGACAACAUCCUAGACUACCUUCUAUCCCAAACUUCACUGGGCAAUGCUUCUUUAUCAUGGUGGGACAAGAGAAGACAGCAGCCAGUGGUUAAAGAGGAAUUCCUUAAGGUUCCGGAGUUUGGCAUGGACAAGGAGGAAGCAACAUUUUUUCAUCCCACUCUGGAUGAGAUUGAGGAGUUCUUAGAGGAGAAUAUGAAAACCGACUUUAAAGAUGAAGAUCGACAUGACGCCAAGGAACUGAGGACCUGUGGCCAGUUGUUUUCUGAUCAAUUUAAAGAGCCCCAUGUAAUUAACAGCAACAUGAAGGAGGAUAGAAAUGGAGAGACAAUCAGUUUAGCGGCAGAAGAGGAAAACUCAAUAUGCUCUGGUACCCUAUCUGUUGAUGGUGGAAUCCCUGUCAUUCUUCAGAUCCAACCCCUUGAGAUCAAGCAAGAGUCCAACACAACCCAGUCUUCUCAGUUUCCGGAAAACAUUAAAGUUGCGCAACUUCUGGUCAAUAUUCAAGGCCAGACCUUUGCUCUGGUCCCGCAGCUAGUCCAGUCAUCCAAGUUUGUCCGCAUAGCCCCUGUGCCUAUUGCUGCUAAACCUAUCGGCCCAGGGGGUGGCAUUCAGGGACAAUCUGGAGUAGUGAUAGGUCAGAAGUUUCAAAAAAAUCCAGCUACGGAACUUAUUAAAAUGCACAAAUGUACUUUCCCAGGAUGUACCAAGAUGUACACCAAAAGUAGCCAUCUCAAAGCCCACCUGCGCAGACACACGGGAGAGAAGCCUUUUGCUUGCACAUGGCCUGGAUGCGGGUGGAGGUUUUCCAGAUCGGAUGAGCUUUCUCGACACCGUCGCUCGCACUCUGGGGUGAAGCCAUACCAGUGUGCCGUUUGUGAAAAGAAAUUUGCUCGCAGUGACCACCUUUCCAAACACAUCAAGGUGCACAGAUUUCCCAGGAGCAGCCGUUCAACACGGUUAUCAAACUGACCCUUCUCUUCACCCGAGGCCCAACUCAAAACAAAUAAUCAUGGUAUAGAUCAUGCGAAUCCCAAGCACUUUUUUUCCACCUGCUAUAACUUAUUAAACGUGCAACAGAGCGUUGGUUUGACUGGACAGCAGCUGUGAAUGUGAUCUGAACUCUUACUAUUUAACAAGGUUAUGAAUGAAGCGUGUGCUCCAGGACAAAGCAGGAUUUGGAUAAUAGAUAUAUGUGCGCUCUGCUACCCUGGUGUAUAGCAAUGCAAUACUCUAAGCAAUGAAUGGUUGAUUAAGUUGGGGAUGAUUCACUGCAUAAAUAUGGGUCUCCCGGUGCAGCAUGUACAUCAUAGAGUUGCAUUGCUACUGUUAGUUACAAAGAGCGAGUUCGGUUACAAACCCUUCCCCUUGGUUGGUACUGUAUGUUGGUAUGACCAGUUUAUUUAGUACCCAAGCAAUAAUCAGGGGUCUUAAAGGGAUACAAAUGUACAAGUUGCUCUUCAGCAGCAAGGUUACAGACUUCUGUUGGUGUCAUCUUUAUCUUCCAGCAUCUAGGGCCAAGCAAUGGCUGAAGAUGCAUUUUACAACAGAUGAUAGGUCCCCACCCAUCACCCAAAGAUGUUGGCAUCUUUAUCUUUUAGCAAGUUGCAAUUUUAUAUGAGAUUUGAAUAUUUGAUGGAAAUUCAAUUUCCUCCAUGAGGUUUUCAGAGGUAUUCUUUGCUCAGGCCCCCUUUGUUCAUAAGAAGGUUAGAAAUGUGUGAAAAGCUGAGGGGUUUUAGGGGUUUUCCAAGACAGUAAAUAAGAAUUUACCACCAAUUUCCUGUGUUUUCUUCCCCAUCUAGCCCCACAGUUAGGUACUACUGCACUCAAUCAAAGUUGACUUAUCUUUAAAGUUAUAAUGCUACAUGUGAAUCUGUGUUACUUCAACUCUUUCCUAAGUUAGUAGACCAGACAGAAGUAUUAGAAGAUCUUACAGAUAUCAUUACUGAAUCAUCAUCUCAUUGAUGACCUAGAGUUUUAAAGGGUUUUCUUUCUUUUUUAAAGUAGAAUUAAACUCUGAGGGCAACCUUAGCCCCUCUAGAACCACAUGACCAGUGCCUCACAAAACAGCAGCAUAGUGGGGUUGGAAAUAUCCAUCUCAUGCCACUUUAGGUCCUCCUCACUGGGAUUGCCAACUCAAAGCAAGGUUUUCCAGUCCAGGUUGGACUUGGAAUGGACCUGGAAUGGGCCUAGGGCUGUUCUCAGAGUUCCUUCUCCUUUAAAGAGGGAGACAAUAUUCUGCACAUCACUAUUGCACUUGAAUUAUGUUAUUAUCACUAAAUCUGUUGUUGAAGGCAAUAGAGGUGUUGCUCCCUUAAUCUAUUUGUAUCUUCUAAAUGCCAAAAAGGUUGACUCUAUGGCCCUAAAUGUCAUCUACUCACAGUCUGUAGAUGUUUACAAGUGGUGCUCUUCAUAUUUAGCUGUAUUUUCUUGCUUAGGAUGUGACCUAUUCAAACAUAACAGUGAGCAGAGUCUGAGGCUAGAGUCACACCUUUUGGUUGCCCUUGACAUAUCUGCAUUGUCUGUUUGGCUAUACAAGCCCUAUGGGCAUAUCACAGCUUUUGCACAGUUAGCUACCAGUAUUUCAUCAUUGAAUACAAAAAAGUGGAGAAAAUCUUAUUUUUGAAAAAGGUUUAGCCUCUAUACAGAAGAGAAAACAUAUCAAGGAACGUGGGACCCUAUGAUGUUUUAAUAUAGGGAUAGAUGGGUCAAGUGUCCAGUAUUCUUCUUGGAUUACUCUGUGUGGUUUGUUAUUUAAUGAUUUAUGAGUAACAAAAUGAAUGUUUCCUAUCAAUACAAUUGUGUGUUCUCAUGUAUCGAGUGGUUGUACAAAAAGGAACGGAAAUGGGCCAGUCACUAUCAGCAGUGUUUAGUCUCAGUGAACUGGGAUCUGUCAACCAGCUUCAGAACAAGGCUCACUUCAGAUGCAGCUCUUAAGGAAGUUUGAUCAAACCGGUCACAUUCAUCUCUUUAAACAUGACUAAAUGGUGCUAUUAUACAGUCAGUGCUUUAAAACAAACUGCUGUUAAAUGGAGAGUUUUUACUUGGUAACAGGAAUUAAGGUUAUCUUACCGUUAAACUGCAACCACCAAUCAAAUGUUUACUUGCAGUAUUCUAACUAUGAUAAGUUCAAGGUAACUGCUGGUUGGUUUCUAUGGGUUGCUAGACCGCAGAAAACUUUGUUAACUGUAAAACCUACCAGGCUGCAUGUAAUGUAAAAACGUUUGCCAGCUUCUUAGGGCUGUUGAUUCUAGUCGGCAUUUCCUAUGAUCCUCUGCUGAUCCUUCUGCAGAAGGAUACAUUAAACUCCAUUUAUGGUUGAGUGAGUUCAUUCUUCAUAAAAAUAUUCAGAGUUCCUCAUAAAUCCUGGUCAACAAAGCAUGGGCUUAAUCAUUAAUUGUUAGGAAAUUAUAGGAUUUCAUAAAAAAGUUCAACAAUAGAAAUAAUGCGUGGGGUGCAUGUUCUACUCUUCUCUUUGUUGGACUAACAACACCAUCCACUCCCUAGUAUUGACCUUUCACUGCCACAUAAGAAAAACAUACUAAGAUGAAUGUUUCAGCCUCUGUGGUUCCGUAUUUUAAGCAAGCACACCCAUAUUAUGACCUUAUGACUUUGUUUGAGCUUCCGAUGACAGUUGCAGUGUAAGGUGUCCUUCUCUUGGGUAUCUCUGUUCUGAAUGAUCAAUCUGCAACGGAGAAACAAGUCUGUGAAAACAUACAUAUCAGUAUUAAUUAGACUGUGUAAAGAAUUGGUAUUACCGACUGGAUGCAUGGACAAUGUUUCCAGUCUUGGAAACUCCUAUGCAACUUAGUCUAAUAAAACCUUUUCAGUAUAUGUUGAGGUACACCAAGGCACGUCUUAGGGUCACAUGUAUGUUGUGCUUAUAUAUAUUCUUCUGAGGUGGCAAUUCAACAAACUAUUACGGCAACUAAGAUGCUGGCAAAUUGGUGAUUAGCCUAUGACUUUCUGUGUUGGGCAGAAUCAAUCAUCACUUGUUGCAGAACAUUAAACUCAGCAAGCACCCUUGCCUAUAUAUUUGCUAGAGGGAUGCGGACAUUUGGAAUCCCACGAAAUCUAUAGUUAAAGAGGUUACUCAUCCAUAUAGUCAAGUCUAUAAGUCAACCAUAGUCUUUGCUCUACCAGCUGUAGAGAGGGCUAUAUUAACUCACUGCCAGUGACAUACUGAAGAUCAAAGUAGCUACGUGUUCAUACUGUAUAUACAUAUUAGAAAAUGUGUAUAUUUUUAUAUUUAUUUUAGGAGCCAUAUGAUAUAUUUUUUUGGUUCUUCCAGAAACAGAGCCCUGAUAUUUCUGCUGCUCCUUAAAUGCCUUUUUUUCUUCAAGCGAUCUAUCUUCUCGUUUGUGAUUUUCUUGUGAAAUCUGUAAUGAAAUGUGUUAAUUCUGCCUUAAUCCAGCUAUUAAGAAAAAAGAAAAACAAGCCUAAUUCAGAGUGAGACGAUGGUGGGAAAUUUGUGCCCAGAGAGGCGCGGGUGGGGGAGGGAAUAAGCUGCUUUCAUAUAUUGUUGCUCUGGCUGCAAAGGGGUAAAUGAGUUAUGCAUUCCAUCCUGUAGAAAGCCAUUUAUAUGAGAACUAAUAUGCCUUGUGCAGGGGUAGCUUGGCCAUUGUCACUGUCAUAAGGAUCAUUGUGGUGAUCCACAAUUACAUGUCAAUCACAUCUCUAGUGCAUGGAAGAUUCAUGGGGUGAGCUAAAUGCUCAAAAAUUAAAUUCCUUAUGACAGUGCUGUAAUAAAUAAAAAAAAUACCACUGCUGUCCCAAAAGCUCUAUAAUGGUUGUGGUUUUCAUAAAAGAAAUUGUAUCACUACAUGUAAACCCACUCCCAAAUGGUUUAACAGCAGUGACAGGCAUUAAAGUAUAAGGUCCUCGAUUUACAACUAACCGCCUUGUAUUUAGUCGCCUUCCUCCCACCCGGGCCAACCUACCCCUGCCCAAGCGGUUUGCUUCUCUUUUUUUCUGAAUGUAUGUAAAUAUAUUGUAUAUAAAUGUCUUCAUAUAAAAUUCAUUUUAUUACCGUAUCAGAAAUCUGUGUAAAUGAGAUCAAAGUUUAAUAGAAAUCUCUACGCCGCUAUGUAUAUAAACAAUACUGUAUUUUUCGCCAACGUUCCUCAUAUGGUAUAUUUACAAUAAAUAUUAAAAACUUUUAA